AUGGACGCAUCUCCCCGCCGUCACUCGACAUCCCCGAGCCAUCAACAACGCGCCGCCAUGUCCCCGCCAUCGUCGCCCCUACCCUCACCUUCGGAAUUCUUCUCGAAGAAGGGGGGCGGCGCGUUAAGGAGUGGCUCGAAGGCAGCCCCAGUGCCGGACAGAGCUUUCACAGGCUCUGCCACCGCGGGCAGCUUAAUCAAGAGCAGGCAAUUGAGCCUGGCCGCAGAAGAUCUCGCCGGGGAAGAGAAACCCAAGAGGCAGCGGAAACAGCUUUCUGAAGUGGACGCCAACGCUAAUGCGCCUAAGAAAGCCAGCAAACGCUCUGCCAAAGCCUCCGAGACCAAGCCUGGCCCCGAUGUCGUAGCAAAGAAGCCCAGAAAGCGGAAGGAAACCAUAGACACUACGACUCCAAAUCCUCCACCAUCUAAAUCCGAUGCAGGCGUAGCGACCACUUCUGCUCCCUCCGCGAAUGCUCUCGAGAAAGCCGAUGCCCCAGUACCUCCGAAAUCCAAACCGACGAAGCCUCGAAAGCCUAGGGUGCCCAAGGAGAAGGCAGAGGCUCAGACAAAGCUGAAGAAGGGCAAAAUCACCAAGCCAGGCACGGUCAGCGCAAAAUCGAAAGAAAUUGAGUUUACUCAAGAAUACAACUUCGAAUCCAAGACUACCGGUGUCAAAUCUGCGCAUUUCCACCCGAACAAGGAGGAUAUGGCGCCUAAAAUGGACGACACAUUACUUUUGGAUGCUGGGGAGAUGAUCAACCUCGAAAUCCCUGUGCCUUCACCUAGAGUCCGGGAUACAGUAUUGCCAGCAACUGUGAAGGGAACCGGGAACGACGCAAUGGACAAGAUUGCUAUUGGGGAAAAGCCUACAAGGGUCGAUGAGCCCCUUUCACUUGAUGCCGCAGUCAAGAGGAGAACCGAUUGGACACCGACUAAGGAUACGGAAAUCAUUAUGCUAGAUGAAGUCACGCCGGUCAAUUCCAAGGUCGGGGAUUCUCCAGAAGCUCACAAGAAACUUGCGUUCACCAGCAUAAUCGCUACCUACGCUUAUGCAAACACAUCAGAGGCUGUCACUACGGAGGCUGUUACUCGAAAAGUCUCUGGGGAGGCAUUGACAAAGCGGAGACGUAUAGAGCUUGUGGAUAUCCCUAGCCAGCAUCCCAAUACCGAAGUUACCAAAGCACUAAGGAAAAAAGCGACUACAAUUACCGACCUCGUCACAGGACAGUACAAGCCAAAUGGCCUAGAUGACGUUGCGGCUGGUGCCACCAGUAAUUUCUUCGGUCCUCGGGCAGGCGUACUUCCUGUAGCUGGAGCAAUAGGAAACAAUGCGAAAGCGUUGCUAGCGCCGAAACCUGCAAGGAAACGUGCUCCUCGCGAGAAGUCGCCGACGAAGGCCGAUCCCAAGACUAAGAAGGGGACGAAACAGCCCAAAUCACAGCCCAAACUCGUCGCUGACAAGCUUCUGUCGCCCUCAACUGCUGCGAGGAAAUGGAACAAGCAGGAAAUCUUGUUUGGGACUUCGAGUCAGCUGGCACGUGACGAGUCUCCGCAACUCAUUCGUCAGAUCCAGCUAGCGAUUCGCGAAUCGGAGGCUGAAGCGGAAGCGAAUGCUUCAAUUCACCAAGCCACCGAAUCCGUGGUGAGCGAUUCAAUACGUAGCAAGAAGCUUUCGAAGUUCACCGCCAGUCGGACGCUGUGGUCUGCAGCCGCUCGAGACGACGAUAACCAAUUCUGGAACCCCCCCGCGCCAUCACCACGUAAUGUCCAUCCCGAGAUAGAUGGCUCGUUCGUUGAUAUCGACACGUUCAACGACGAUGGAGAUGCGCCAGCUGAAAUGACAGACUCGGAAUUUCAUUCGAUCGAGCAGUUUGGCGAGUUUAAGGAAUUCCCGAGUGAACAACAAGGCUCGGGAUCCCUUCCUACCGGAGAUUUUUGCAAUUCGAAGGACUCCCCGGCUGAAAAGCAAGACUCUGGAUUCCAUUAUAUCGAGGAGUUUCACGAUUUCAAAGAUGUCCCACGCCGCGCUGAAUCAAAGCCGCCCCAUACUGCUUCUAACAGCAUCAUCCAACUCGAUGGCCCAGCUGAUGAAUCUAGAUUCCUCGAUAUUGAAGACUUCCAGCGACCUCAGGUCGGUGAGAAUCAGCAGGGUGAUUCUGCCUUAGCAGCCUCUAGCCACAUCAAAUUACUUGAGAAUAGAGAGGCGCACGCAACCAAAUCCCAAGCCAGCCCUUCUAAAAUUCCCACUGCAAAGAAACCUCGUGGACGACCGCCCAAAUCCAAAACCACCAUUACUAUUCCUACAAAGAAGACAAAGCGAGCGAAAUCAUCACCAAAGAAGAAGACGCAAGCCAGCCGCGCUCUCCCAAGCACACCUCCGCGCAAGAAGAAAACCCUCGACUUUGUCCACAUCGACGAGAUCCAAGACUCGGAAGCCGAAAGCCCCCUCUCUCCUUCCCCACCUCGCAACCGCAAAGCGAACGCGCCAACCCUCUCGUCUCCCCUCCAACUCCGCCCCUCCCUAGCAGUCAAGGAGAUCGAUCUCGAGCAAGUCAAGCACGACCGUGAAGUCGCCGAGAAGUUGAAGGCAGAGAAACUUGCCGCGAAAGUUGAGGCCGCCAAGCUCGCAGAGGCGGCUAUGCGGCGAGACCUAUUUCCCAAGAUCACGACUACAGUCAAGGGAGCACCAAGGACGACGGAUCCGUCAAAACCUAGCUGGUAUGAGAAGAUUCUAAUGUACGAUCCCAUCGUCUUGGAAGAUUUGACUGCGUGGCUCAACGCGCAGGGCGUGCGUUGGUUUGUAACGAUUAAGCGGAAGGGGAGGGGGAAGAAGAAGGCGGGUGAGGCUGCUGGUGCGGAAGAUGAUAUGGAGGUGGUGGAGAAGGAGCUCGAGGCGAAGAUGGUGCAGAAUUGGUGCGAGGAGAACAGCAUUUGCUGUACCUAUCGGGAGGGGACGAGGCAUUAG